CCCCCUUUCCCUGCUCUUCGCCUCAUCCACGCAAAGCCGAAACCAAGAAAGAAACGCGCCCUGGAGAAUUCCGGCGUCCUUUUCUCACAUGCCCUAGAAUCAAAUGGUCCAUGGAGGCCGCCGGCGACCGCUGCUGAAGUAAGAGGCGCGAGGAGUAGUGGUGUUUAGGGUCGUGAGGCGCAGCAAGAUGUCGGUGCGGAUAAAGGCGGUGGUUGACAGGUUCGUGAAGGAGCUCAAGGAGGCGCUGGACGCGGACAUCCAGGACCGCGUCAUGAAGGAGCGCGAGAUGCAGAGCUACAUCGAGGAGCGCGAGCGCGAGGUCGCCGAACGGGAGGCCGCGUGGAAGGCCGAGCUCUCCCGCCGCGAGGCUGAAAUUGCGCGACAGGAGGCAAGGCUGAAAGUGGAAAGGGAGAACCUGGAGAAAGAAAAGAGCGUCCUGAUGGGAACUGCUUCAAAUCAGGACAACCAAGAUGGUGCACUCGAGAUCACCGUGAGCGGCGAAAAGUAUAGGUGCCUCCGCUUCUCCAAGGCGAAGAAGUGAAGUAUGAGCUAGGGCGCUAACGAGGCAGCUAUUCGUCGGUAGUGCACAAUUAGCAGUUUUAAGCCUUACACCUCUUCCAAACUGGAGCAGCACAAGAAAUCCCCGGUGUCCCUUACCAAGUAGAGGAAUCUCUUUUGAUCUGUUUGUUAGGCACUAGUCAAAGUAGUCACUGCUGCCACUCCCUCCUGUUCCUGAAUAAUAAUUGGGUGAUUGAGCGCCACAUGAGAUGAUGCCGGCCUGCCGAUCGAGUGUCCCAGGCCUGCAGUAACAUGAAUGGCUUCCAAUUAAUCAUCACAAGACAGGAGCCAUGUUAGGAUUGCCAUCGUCGGUUCACUUCGGAAACCAACUUGGGAUGUUCCUCUUAUUUUUGUGAUUCCAUUAAUUGAAUAUGAAACAGAGUACAAACCCCUUUUCUUCUUCAAGAUUCAGUUUGCUCAUACAAUUAUUA